AUGGAAAAUACUGCCAAAGAAUCCCCCAUCGUUCUUGGUGUGGUGGUAGUCGACUUUAACCACUUGGUGGGCCCUCAAAUUGAAUACUCAUACCCUUCAGAGCUGAAAGAGAAUGCUGAACUUGGGUCUGUCUUGCCAUUUCUUGCCCUACCUGACGGAAGCCAUAUGUCGGGCGAGGAUUACUGUUAUUUUCAUUUGCUAUGCAAGUCCCUUCAUCCAUCCACUAUUUUUGGUAUCUCUUGCAAUCGACAGAUUAUGUCUAAUGAAUUAAUUAACAAGGGGUCGGACGUGACACGCAGCAUGGUGCAAAAGGCUGUAGUCAUCCUUGCAAGUAAGCCGAUUUUUGGGCCAACACGAACCAAGCUUGGUAUGGUAACGCAUGCCUUUUUUGCUCAGCGUGACUUGCAAAAUAUUACUCUCAUUAAGGACUUUUAUAACACCCUUGAAGAUGGGCUUGAGCACUCGCCAGAGCAUGAUACGAUAUCACCCCAAGUGGACGGGCAUAACACAUUGUAUAUGGGCACAUCCAUUCGAGAAUUCAUUUUUAAGUGGCGCUUCAAGGUCCUUGUUCUUUUAAAGCUGUUAUUGCUUCAACGAAAGAUCAUGUUUUUCGGUUACCCUGUGGAGCAGCUUUGCACAUCACAGUACAAUUUGGUGUCGCUUAUACCAGCUCUUUUAUCUAAUUUAGAGGACUCUGCGUCGCCUGAGCUCGACAGUCAUUCACGAGGUCGUUCGAAGGCAGAGUCCUUGCGUAUGUCUGACCGUCAAAGUGUGCUUGCAUUUAUGGGCUUACCUCUUCCUCUCUUCGGUGAAGGCGCAUUCUUCCAGCCGUAUUGCCCUUUGCAGCAAAUGGAUCUUUUGCAGUCGCAAAGCUGGCUGAUUGGCACUACCAAUCUCAUGUUCAAGCAACAGCGAAUGUAUAAGCCUGAUGUGAUUGUGGAUUUGGAAACAAUGCAACUGCAGUUCCUGGACCCUAAUGUUGGCAGCUUAGUGUCACUUACACCUGCGGAUCGGAAGUGGAUGGACGGAUUAGUCAAUAUCAUCCAGGAAACGUGGAAUAGUGCGGAUCCGGCUCACCCUGCAAUGAUGCAGUACGCUGGCAGUGAUGAUUACUUGCGAGCUCGAUUUGAAGAGUAUGUGUUUGGCGUACUUUCGUCAGCCAAGUUUUUGGGGACUCAUGCCACUACGGAUGAUGCCUCGCCCACUACUGCUUUUGGCUCUGACUUUUUGUCAGCCUUCCGCCAAACAAGUGUCUUUGGCACUUGGAACUCGUAUACGGAUGAUACAUUAUGUGAUCUUAUCCCUUAUCAGCAUCCAUUUACAGGCAAGACAUCAACUGUGUCUGAUGUUGCCCUUCGUCUACAAGCUGGCUUGCAUGACCUUCGUCUCGAAGAAAACCUUGGGCCUACUCGUGAAGCCAUUGGGGCAGCCCUGCAAGCUGGAAGUGCAAGUUUAUCUAAAGUGGCCAGCAAUUGGCGUCAGGAUAUUACGCGCUUUGCCGCUUCCAAUGGCUGGCAGACACCACUGUCUGUCUGGUCGGAAAAAGACACUACGAGUCCAUCCAAUGCAAACCCUGAGGUGACGGACAAGAGAGAAGAUGCAGCAUCCUCUUCCAGUACGCCAACCAAACGCACAGAACCUAUCUUAUCGUCCUUACAAGCUACAGGGAUGCAAGGGGCUGCAGCACUGAGUACAUUUGGCUCCUUCCUGUCUGCCAAGCAAAAGUCGUGGUACAACGCACUAAACAAGCAGACGGAUACUGAACCAAAACCUCCAUAG